AAUUUAAGAAAAAUCAUUCUUACAAAGAAAAUAAUAAUGAUCAGAAUUCCUUCGCAGUGGCUUGCAUGUUACUGUUGAAUAAAGCGUCACCAAAAUGUUCAAAGCCUUGUUUUCACAAGUAACAUGAUAACCCUAUAGCGUGACCAGUGUCCUAAAUAAUGACCUUCUGACCUCUGAGGGACCAAUCAGAUCAACACAUGAGCAGACUUGAAUGAAGACAAACACUGGGUCAGCAUUAUAUAUAGCAGCAGAAUAACAUACAGGUAAAAGUGAGCUCUGCUUGAAACAGUCUUCAUAUCAAACCCGCAAAAUGGCCAAGACCUACAUUUCAGCAGUGUGUUUAGCCAUACUAUGCUGUAUGCCUGUGAUAAACCAUGUGAACAGUGCAAGAUUUUUGGGAAUGUGCAUGCCAUUCAAAAGUCAAUUAAUAGAGACACAGGCACUUCUCCUUGGAUUAGCAGACAGAGGUCAUGAAGUCUACAUCGUUAUGCCACAGCCAACUAUUCCAACUUUACCCAGUGGGUUUUUUGACAAGAGGAUUCAAAUACUAUCGUUCAAAACAAGGUCAGAUGACUUUAUGGUGUUUGAAACGGCAGAAUUCCAGAAAAAUGGAAUAUUUUCAUACUUUGAUAGACCAAUGGACAGAACUUUUCCUUAUAAAACUAUGCAAAUAUUUCAUCAGUACACAAAUUAUUUUACCACAGACUUCACAGCAGACAUGCUAAAAGAUGUUGACCUCAACAAGAAAUUGAAAGAGCUGAAGAUUGACAUGGCUAUCAUACAGAAUGCAUUUUUAUUUUUUCCGACAGCAUACCUUCUUCCGAUCAAACACAAUAUCCCAUAUAUAACAGGCUCUGGUAUGGCAUUGAGAGAAUCUGGGGCCCAGCAACUGCCUUCCAUUUUUCCAAAUCCUUUAUCUACCUAUUCAGAUAAUAUGAACUUCUGGCAACGGACUGUGAAUUUUUUACUCUACCUGCCAUAUAUUCAUAUUUCAUCACAUACUAUUCCUUAUGAUUUCCAUGUAGAUUCUUUGGAAGGAAUUCCAAAGAAAAGUUAUCACCAGAUAAUAGCCGACUCGGAAUUGUUUAUAGUGACUGGAAAACACCCUGCAUUAGACUUUCCACAACUGACGUUGCCAAACACCAUAUUUGUUGGAGGAAUGAGUGCAAAACCUGGAAAACCUCUGCCUAAAGAUCUUCAAACUUUCAUGGAACAUCAUAAAAAUGGUGUCAUUAUAGUAAGUUUUGGAUCCAUUGCCAGUUACCUUCCAGAUUAUGUCGUAAAAAAAAUGGUUGAAGCUUUUGGCAAAGUAAAAUAUGGGGUUAUAUGGAAAUACACAGGACCAAAACCCGAAUCAAUCACGCCAAAUGUCAAACUUUUACCAUGGCUUCCACAAAAUGAUCUCUUGGCUCACUCUAACACAAAACUUUUCAUCAGCCAUUUUGGUCUUGGAGGAGCCUUUGAAUCUUUUUAUCACGGCGUACCUGUAAUUGGACUACCUCUCAACGGAGACCAGUUCUACAAUAGCAAUAGAGCACAGCAUAGAGGAAUAGCUAAAGUUAUGGACAUUCUCUAUUUCAACACAGAAGAAUUAGUAGACAAUAUUAACGCUAUGAUUGACAAUUCUUCCUACGUUGACGAAGCCAAAAAACUUUCUGCAAUUUAUCGAGACCAGCCAUGGACACCUCAACAGCUCACUACCAAUUGGAUAGAACAUGUCCUUAAACAUGGCGGCUCAUACUUGCGUUCUCCUACAGUGCUGAUGCCAUGGUAUCAAUACUACUUGCUUGAUGUCAUUGCCUUUCUGCUUGUUGUGUUUAUUGUCCUACUGACAUUGUGUAUAUUAUGCUGUCGAUGCUACUGCAGAAUAUUUUGUGGAAAGAAAACUAGCACUAAACCCAUCAAGAUGAAAACCAAAUAGCAUGUUUUUGUAUUUGCAUCUGGUGAAUUUCCUUACUAUAGUUAUAUAUUUGUCCUUACUAUUAGCUAUAACUGUGGCUAGUAAUUUAAAUUAAGAAUUGGUAUUAAAUAUCAAGUUCUCAAGUCAGACGUUUCAACUCUCUGCUUCACCAGUUAAGCUUAAACAAUACGUGUGAUAUGUAAACCCGAGAUCAAUCUUGCUGAAACUACUCCUGUGAUUUUAAACUGUAGAAUGUAGCAUUCAUUUCACAUAUUCAGUAUCUAAUGCUGUUGCUAUGGCUUUUCAAACUUCUUCAUAGACACUGAAGUUUCUUGUAUUAUGGUUUGUGUAAAGAUGAUAAUCAUAUGUUUCAAGAGGUCUAAUUUAAAUAUCUGAAGUUAUGAUUUCUUUAAACAAAUAAAAAAGAUCCAAAAAUUUUUGUAGCAUCUACCCUAAAAGAAUCCUGUGGUCAUUCAAAA